CAUGUGACAGGAGGAAAAACAGGAAGUGUUGCUGUGCGGACUGACAAAGGGGCUGCGGAGUAGCCGCUAUUCUUCAGGAAACAUGAUUUCCAACGGCAUUCUGACUUGUUUCAUUACUUUGCUGCUUUAUAACAAGAUUCGGGCAUCUGAUUUACCGAUCAACGCCGCAGUUUCCGAGUCGAGCGAAGGCGAUGUCUCUAUUAGAAAUUCAUCUUUAAGCCCUGUGUUGUCUAUGUCGCCUUCGCUCCCCUGGAGUUCUCAUUUCUCUCUCAAUUUGCUGUCCGCGUUUCCAGAGGAUCUUGAAGUCAGCGACUAUUGCCGUGAACUCCUUAAGAUCUUUGCUCUGCGAUAUGUAUGGUAUGUGAAUUGUCUCGUUUCUUCCGCCCGCCCUGUCAAGAUUUGCCAGAACUGUUACCUCGAGUAUAGUGACCUGCAGGAAAUAUACAAGAACAUAUCAUCAGACCAGGUGGGUCCUUCAAACGUCAGCUGCAGAGAUAGCCUUCUGCGCUCCGACAGGCUGAUGCUGGUGUUCGUGCUUUUCGACAACCUACAGGAGAUAUGGAAGCAGUCGGACUGCAACCACUGCCUUGCCCCUGACCUCCACAGCUUAACCAAUGACACCCUGUACUACAUGGCAGUGCUGAACCAGUCGCUCAGCUGCUUUGAGAAACACCAGCAGCAAGGCAAUCAUUCUGAGCUUUGCAAGGAGUGCAAAACGAUCUACAAGCGCUUAAACGACCUUUACAGCGCGAUGGACUCGAACAAUACCCUGUGCAUUGAUAUUGAGGAUGCAAUGAACAUGACCCGCAGAUUGUGGAGCAAGAAUUUCAAUUGUUCCUCAACCCGGGAAGAGACGGUCCCUGUCAUCGCCGUGUCCAGCUUCAUGCUCUUCCUGCCCAUCAUCUUCUACUUGAGCAGCUUCCUUCACUCGGAACAAAAGAAACGCAAGCUCAUUCACCCCAAGCGGGCUAAAUCGAGCAACAGCAUGGCGAACAUCCAGGAGAAGUACAGCUGAGUGACGGGAUGCUGGCGGUGGAGGACGUGGAGGCAAGGCGGCGCCCCGCCCCUGAAUCCGCCCCUGAACCCUCCCCCGAAUCCCGCCCCUGAAUCCCGCCCCUGAAUCACAGUGUGUUUGCGAAGGUCCUCAAAUGCUGGGAAAGACAGCUUUCAUUUUGCCAUGGCGGGGGGGGGGGGGGGGGGGUGGACUAUGAUCAGGGCAUUGGUUGCAAUGUUAUAGUUUCACAAUGACUUCCCCCAGGGCCCAAGAAAUCAAAGCUUUUACUCUGAUUGGACUAUACAGUGUGAUGCUGGCCAUCAGGAGUUGAGUUGCCAAAUGGUGUUAUUUUGUCAGGUUUCAUUGUAAAAUAAAAUACAAAAGAUAAAUUUACAAAAAGGCAGAGCACGUUUGAAAUGAGCAAAUGGGAAAUCACAGUUUCUUAAUCUUUACAAAAUGUUUAUUAUGAGAUCACUGUAGUUUUUUUUUUUUUUGGUUUGUUUUUUGUCUGUUUGUUUGUUGCUGGUUUUUUUUUUUUUUUUUUUUUUGUUUGCUGAAGUUAACACUGUCGUCUGCCCGCGGUGGUUUUGCCGCCGGUCCUGUUCAGCGGCUAAUUACCUGCAACCGAGGGCCUGUCCUCUCCCUUUUGUUUUCCUGAAACAUUUUCCGCCGCGGUUUCAAAGCGGCGGCCGGGUGUUUGAGGGCCCCCCGGGGGAAAAUGGACGCCGGCGACGCUGCGGCGGAGCGAGCACUUUGCUGUCCAUUAACGGGAGGACAUGCAGCUCCCACUCUCUGCCAGGAGAGCCGGCUGACCAUUUGGACUGUGCAGAAAUGGCGUGCAUCGUGGCUUUUUUUUUUCUUCUUCUUUUCCUCCCCCUUGCUGUUUCCGGAGCGAUAUAUUAACCAUGUGGGAUAAAAGCACCGAAUCGCGUGUGCGCGAACUCCAUUAUAAAAGCCUUCUUGAACAUCUUUUCCACUGCACACUUUUUUUUUUAUUUAGAGAGAAACGUAACAUCCCCACAGAAUGUGCUUUUGGCUUGCGGCGCACGUUUCGUUUAACCAGUUAACCAUUAAUAAUACAUGAACCAGAGUUACUAACGUUUUCCUCCCCACUACAUGGCAAGCAAUGGAAAAGUCCCUUUUGAAAAUCUUUAUUGUAGCAUAUUUUUUUCUUGACACCGAGCAUAGAUUUGUCAGGUCCUGUGCGUAAUUAGUGACCUGUUGAGUGAAACCGAACCGAAAGGAGGAGGUUCCUUUGGGGCGGGGGGGUGGGGGGGCUAUGUCAAAAACUACAGAUGAAAGCCAAGAUGUCCCCACCACAUACAAACCACCAAUUUUUCUGCUCGGUUCAUUUUUCUCUGUGAUUUCUGAGUGUGUUGAGGUAAUCCGAGCUAUCGGCUGGGAAAAAAAGCAGCUUUUCGACAGGGCAUUGUGUUCCUCCAUUUACUCUGUUGAAAGGCUCUGGCUGGUAAGAGUGAGGGAAGCCUGCGUCACUGUCUCGCAGUGGGUCCGGUUCAAGGCUUACGAGAUGCGGUGUGGAAUUGCUCAGUUGUGGAGAGAAGUCUUCAGUGCCUGUCGCAACCAAUCAAAAUUGAGUCCUGGAGAAAAAAAAAAAAGUGUUGUGAUUUAAAAAAAAAAUUUCAAUAUACUUUUGUUUUGACAAUUACUUUUCACCUGAUAUUUACUGUUCCAGCACUUUCUGUAUCUUGAAAUUAUUUGCCAUUGAACAGAAAUCUAUGAAUGCAAGCUGUUUAAAAAAGGAGGAUGAGCUUGAAUGAUGGAGCCAAUAUUUGUGUUCACAGACACUGGUUUUUAAUUUGGUGUAUAAAGCAUGAGUUUUUUCCCACAAGGAACGAUUGCCAGUUUCCUGUUAUUGCUGUUGGAUAUUGUGUGAAUUUUAUUGGAGGAUUAAUACUAUAAUGUGUUCAUAAUUGUGUAAUGUAUUUGACAUGGCUUUAACUAAGACUUGAAUGAAAUGCUGACACAUGGGUACCACCCUGAUGCUGGAACAGAUUGAUUUGAAGAAGGUGUCAAUGGUGAUCAAAAACAAUUAAUAAAUGUGUUGCGUUGCA